AACAAAAACAAACGCGUUCCGCCAUUUUGUGCGCUUCAUGCCUUCAUACUUCAUAAGAGAACGAGGCGGCGUUUCGUUGUACGUCUGAUCUCCCAGCGUCCGUACUUCGUACUCGGUAGUCAGUAGUCAAUUUCAAAUCAUUAUUAAAACACAGCGUAGUGUACUCGUGUGUUAUACAACGUUGAACCGGUCACCAUCGAAGAAGUACCUACGUGAGCUCAUCGAUCGUGUAGCUGUCUGUUAACAAUAUAUUCUACAGGGAUUAUGUGUUGUUGACGUUAAGACGUGCGACACAGUUGCCCUUUUUAAAAUAUAAUUUCAUCACAGUCGUUAUCGAAAACCGUCAAGCUGUCGACUAACGCGGUAUCGGAAAUGGCGUUGAGCACAACGGCCAGCCAACCGGUACAGAAUAACGUCCAAUCGUCUCCGGGAUCCGGAUGGCCCAGGCGCACUGCACCAGUCAAGUCGUCUACGUGCCCGUCGCUCAACAGACAUAUAAAUUUGUAUCCUCUAUCAAAUUAUAAAUUUGGUACAAAAGAACCUUUAUUUGAAAAAGAUCCUUCAGUACCAGCUAGAUUUCAACGAAUGCGUGAUGAAUUUGAAAAAAUUGGCAUGCGCCGUAGUGUUGAAGGCGUUUUAAUAGUUCAUAAACACGGGUUGCCACAUGUUUUAUUAUUGCAGUUGGGCACAACAUUUUUUAAAUUGCCUGGUGGAGAACUAAAUCCAGCAGAAGAUGAGGUUGAAGGACUUAAGCGAUUACUAACCGAAACUUUAGGCAGACAAGAUGGUGUUCAGCCAGAAUGGACUGUUGAAGAUACUAUUGGCAAUUGGUGGCGGCCCAACUUUGAACCUCCGACUUAUCCAUAUAUACCACCACACAUAACUAAACCCAAGGAACAUAAAAGACUUUUCUUAGUUCAGCUACCUGAUAAAGCAUUGUUUGCUGUGCCGAAAAAUUACAAAUUGGUGGCAGCCCCUUUGUUUGAGCUGUUUGAUAACGCUCAAGGAUAUGGAUCUAUUAUUUCCUCAUUGCCUCAAGCACUUGGAAGAUUCAACUUCAUUUAUAUGUAAUUUAGAACUUAGCUGUAGGAUAUUUUAAACAUUUGCUGCCCAUCAAUCGUUGAACAGAUUUUUCUACGAUUUAAUGUAAUUGUAAAGUAGAUUUAUUAUCAGUAAAUUGUAUUGAAUUGAGAAAUUGUCUGACCAUUUGAAACUAUUACAUACUAUCGUCACCAUUUUAUGAAAUAUUAUAUUUACAUAUAUACACCUAAUGUUUUAAAUUAUUGUUGUGGGUUUGUAAGUGAUUUAUAGCCAUUGAUUUUUGUAAAUUACCCAAUUACCCAAUUAAUCACAGUUUGAUACUGUAUUAGAAUUUUAAAUAUCUAUCUUAAUUUUAUUUUCAUUAUCGUUGGUUGAAUAAAUACAUCGAAUCAAAUUCUCUGUACUGUUUUAUAAUAAUUUGUGUUACAGAUUAACUGGUUAUUAUUGUUCUAUAAUAAAAUUAAUAUUACACAUCAAAAUUGCUGUGCCGGUAUUUUAAUAGAUAAACACUUGUUUUUUUUCCGUUUUAUUUAUUAAUACAAUAUUCAUUGAUCUUAUAGUUUCAAACUUUGUGAUUAAAUGACUUGACAAAUUAAUUUAUUAUUUUCAACAUAGCAUUUCUUCUUCUUAUACUGACUGCCCUAGUUAGACCCAUGGUCCUACCUGAAAAUUCCUGGCCUGAUCUUAAACAUAAUAUUUUGGUUUUGUAUCAUAAUUUAAAAAAAAAUUUAAUUGUUUACUUAGGUACUAAAAAAUAUGUAACUAACAUAAAUAUACUACUAUAUUUUAAACAAUUAUACUAUCUACAACCUACUUUUAUUUAUAAUUAAUUAUAUUACCUAAGAUAAUGGUCCUUCGUAUUAUAUAGGAUAUUAAUAUAUAUUUGAAAGAUGUAUAAUGUGUAUUUACAGGGAUUAACUAAUCAUGCUAACCCCCUUUUUCUUCAAUAACGUUGUCAUUCAAAAUUCUUAGAAAUGGUUUUGUCCAUAAGUCAACUUUUUGUACAAAUGAUAUUCUAUGAUGAUGGGUGUGGAAACUAGGUAUAGAUAUGGUGGUUUGAAAAGUUUAAUUAAUAAUGAUAUAUCAAUAUUUAUAGUUUUUGUAUAAAUGGUCCAAAACCAAAGUAAUAACUGAGAUAAAUGUCUCAUAUAAGUAAAUUUACAUAAUCCAAAAAUCUAAAAAUAUUUGAAUGAAUAAAUUAUUUAAGGAAAAGUGGGGGUGAGCAUGUUCGGGUUAAUCACUCUGUAUAAGUUAUUUUCAAAAUUAACCUUCACUGUAAUCGUCUUAUAUUAUUUACUUGUGCAGUAGUGCGAUUAGUGUGUAUUGACGUAAUGUUGAUUUUCUGUAUUGCCUGUAAUCUGUAUUAUUUUUUUUAUACGUCUGUACCUUAUACUGUGUAUAUUGUGUUUUAUUUUGUCUAAAAAAAUAUGUCAAACAGAAAUAACAUAA